UCCACGUUCCCAUGCUCGCUCUCUAGUUGUCUCACAAAGAAGCCUCAACACCGCCGAAACCACGGCCACUACUCCCCCGCCCCAUCAACGUCCAGCUGCUCACCCGCCCUCCCCUGACGGCUUCGCUCGCUCGCCCCGCACCGGCUGCACAGGACUCCCUAGCACGCUGCCAGCCAGCUUUACUUCAACACACCCCUUCAAGCAGCUCAAGAGCAGAAGAAGAGAGUUCUAAGCAGCAGCGCCAGUACCACACAGCACUCACCGCCAGAGCCGCGGCGCUGCCGGUGUUGUUUACCCAAGUCCCACCGCCGCCUGCGCAGCUUCCCCGGGCACUUCCGGCAUGGGCACCGGCACCGCCUCCCGACCCGGCCCGGCAGCCUUGCUCGCGCCCCGCCCCUAGCGGUAGCCGCCGUCUCCUCACACCGCUCUCCGCACCCUCCCGCCUUGUCCUGGCCUUGGGGCAACGGCCCGCAGCCGCCCGCGCUAGCUUCGGUCCUCCCGCCAUGCCUCGCGUAGCGAGCGAGUGCUCGCCCGAAGGCCAGCCCUAUAAACGGUUCCUUGCCCGUCCUGCGUGCCCUGCAGUACGAGCGGCCGCUCCAGUUUUAAACUCGUCGAGUUUAGCCUGAAAUUGAGCCGCUGGGGGGUAGGGGGGCGCAAAUGACGUGGAACAAACAACAGAGGUACAGGUGUGCCAUUACUCGUGUUUCCCUGCGUCUGACAACCUGGAACAGCAAUAAAAUCAGUAGACUUCAGUCAGGCCCCUGAGGGGAGGGCGGCUCGCACAUCUCCCAGCUGCAGCUGCGACCGCCCGCCGCCGAGCCCAAAACCCGAGCGGCCGGGCUGCCCGGCACAGCCGGGCGCCUUCGGCAUCAGCGGGCAGCGCUCUCAUAAACCUGGCUGUGGCCGCAGUUCUCAGACGAUGGCCUCGGAAAUUCUCCUACAGCCCAAGAGGCGACAAAGAAUGAGAAAUUGUCUGGGAUCUCAGAAAAGAUUUCCAUCUACGAUGACGACAGAUUUUACAGGAGAUCAUACGUGGUUACAAAUGCACCAGGAAUCAAGAUUCAGGAAACUAAUAGAAAGUUCAGAGUAUCAAGAGGAACUGAAGUAUGACUUCAACGUAAAAGGGGAACUGAGGCAUCUGGAUACAAAUGAGUCCUUUGUUUUCAGUUAUUACAAGAAUGCAUAUGAGCAGAAUCAUAAACGCUAUCAAGUUUUGGUACAUUUGAUUACCCAGUAUGUUUAUGAGCUCCUGGAAAGAGUCUGCAUGCUACAGAAAGUUUAUAUUCCUACUGGUGCUAAAGAUGAUGAGCCAAGAAGCUUCUUUUUCAUGAGUGAAAAUGCAUUAAGUUCCUCUAGCCUGAUUGUCCUCCUGCAAGACCGUGGAGUUUUCCGUGCUGGACAAUGGGGACAAAGAACUACUGUCAAGGAGGGCCUAGUGCAUGGAACACAAAUACCAUUCAUCAAAAUGGCCCUUCAAAGCCACAGGGGAGUGAUUGUACUGAAUCCUAAUGACAACUUUGUUGCUCUGAAGACUGAAAAUGAGAGGUUAAGCUUUCCUACCAGGGAAGGAGCAUUGACUUCUAUGGAGUCUGUCUGGUGGAUGCCCAAAAGGGGCAGCAGCAGCCCCGAGGAGCAUACCAUCUAUGUAUGGGAUCAUUUCAUUUCUAAGAGUGCAGUUGAGAAUGUGGCCUUCAUUGCCCACGGCUAUGGCGGCUUGGUGUUUGUUGAUCUGCUGGUGCACAGAAAAUGGGAGGUGAUGAAUAAAGUCUACUCUGUGGCAUUCAUUGACUCCAUGCACAACACACAGCACCAGAGUGGAAGCGACCCGCAAGUACAGGAAUGGUUACAGAAAUACUGCCGUGAAUGGGUGUCGAACAGUAAGCCUCUAGAUAAAGCUGUGGGCUCUGUUGUUAAAGUGAAUUGCCCUACUGUCUCUGCUGGAACGGAGAAGCAUGGUUUGGCACCUUCCUGCUGCUUACAUGCCAUCUUUAAGUACCUAAAGAGCAUGCUCAAAGCCAAGGUUGCAAUAGCCUUUAGGCGUUCACCUGUUGCAACCAGAAGCAGCACGAAUAAGAAGAGAGGCAAUAAAUAAAGGUAUACUGAUUUGCUCUUGAUAGCGGUCUCUUCCUUUCAUAACCACUUCUUCACCUUUCAGUCAUCUAAGGACCUUCCCCUCACUGUGAAACAACUUUCAGUUCUUAGUUUGAAGCCAUUUUGUUCUUGAGAAACACGCAAGUACACGUUAACUGUUAGGAAAGAACUGCACUGUUGAAAGCAUUAGAGCUACAGUUCAGCAGUGAGCUGUGAAAU